AUGUGGUUCUCAACGUUCCGUCUUGUUGUCUAUGUGAUACUGUUUGGCAUUGGGCAGGUCUUUGCUCAAUUUUUCGUGUGGGAACCGCCGAUCUACAACUCAACCUUCGAACAGUAUAUAUAUCAUACAAAUCCAAGCCUGGGAACAUUUCAACAACGAUAUUGGUAUAAUUCUGAGUUCUGGGGUGGUCAGGGUUCACUUGUAAUUUUUAUCAAUGGUCCAGAAUUAGACGCCAGUAUUACGGCAUCUGAUGUGGGCAAUGGGAGCUUUUGGUUUGUCUACGCACAGGAGGUCAAGGCGGCCAUCAUUCUGGUAGAACACAGGUAUUGGGGAGAGUCCUCUCCGUAUGAGGUGCUGGAUGCAGAGGCAUUUAAGUAUCUGACCGUCGAGCAAACCAUCGCCGAUUAUACUCACUUUGCCCGGACGGUUAAGCUGCCCUUUGAUACGGAUGCUUCGAGCAAUGCCCCACAAGCGCCAUGGGUAUCCGUUGGUUGCUCGUAUCCGGGGAUGCUUGCAGCCUGGACAAGCCGCCUUGACCCUGGAACUUUUUGGGCAUAUCAUGCAAUGAGUGCUCCUUCCCAAGCUAACAUCGAGUAUUGGGAGUACUACGAUCUUAUUCGUACAGCCAUGCCCCAGAAUUGCAGUCGGGAUUUGGUGCGUAUUGCACAACAUGUUGGUGAUACAAUUACCACGGGCGACCCUAUCAAGGUUGCUGAUCUAAAAGAUAUGUUUAGCACAGGAGCUCUGAAUUAUGAUGAUUUUGCAAGGGCCUUGGUAUUUGGCCUAGAUAACUGGCAAAUAGAGAUGUUCUCCAAUGUGGGCACUACCUCUCUGUUUCUACAUAUGUGCGACGCAAUAGAAGGCGCGGUGGACGGUGUUCCAGGUUCCGCCAUACCUGAAGAAGGGGUUGGACUUGAAAAGGCACUUCCAAAUUUCGCCUCGUGGUUUAAAACUGAUUUUAUUGCCAACCGUGAGUAA